AUGACGACGUCGAAUCGCUCCAACCCAGAGCCCUCCGGCCGCUCGCCAGACACUCGCCUCGACUCGGAUGCGCGGCCGCACCCCACACGUCGUGAGGGCGAUGCCCGUCACCAUGACACGCCCAGUGUCGUGCAUGAUGAUGGGCGCCACGAUCAUCCGCUCCCUCAAAUUGCCAACAUAUCCAGUCCUGACACGCCUGGGGGCCCGCAAGGUGGACGAAUGCCAUCGUCCAGUCCGCAUCCAGGAAACACAACGCCUGACUCGCAUCUCGAACAUGGGCUCCGCGUGGAGAAGCGUAAACACCGCGCUGCCGGCUUCCUGCUGCCCUCCGCUCUGCGCGAUGUAAGACGUCAUCGCAGCCGUGAGGCCGGCGGUUCCAAUGCCAAGGGCAAGGACAAACUCCCUGCCAAUGCCACAUCUGCUGCCAGUCAUUUGGCUUCGCCCGGCAGAUCGAGCGGAACGUCGAUGCGGAGCUCGCCGCUCGCCCAGGUCGUUGUGAGCCCACGCACGAGCUAUGCGGACGUGGGCAGGGCGAGGCCCUCCACGGAGGUAGACAGCAGACCAGCUAGCCUGGCCAGCAGCUCGCAGCCCAGGCCCAGCAGCGAGUACCCGUCCACCGUGGACGAGGCGGUGGCCGGUCAGCAGCAUUCGGCGGCCAUAGAUCCUGCUCAGAUUGUGAGCAUGGCGCUGAACCUGAGCGAAGGCCGGAGGCGACAUCUGAGUGCUGGCCAGCUGCUGCAACACCAGACGGGCGCCGCCAGACGUGCCACCUCCGUGGCCAUGCCUUCGCCCGGCGUGCUGCAAGGCAGCUUUCAGACCGCCGGUCAUUCUGGCAGCCUCGGCCAGGCUCUGCGCCAGCAAAAGCGAGGCUCCAGGAAUAACUCGCCUUCUUCAGGCAAGGGGACGCCGAAAAGGCACAAAUCCGUCGUGCAGCCGUUCAUGUCGCCCGAGCCGACCUCAGGCUCCUACGCGUCGCCCGACAUAUUCUACAGGUUCUCUCCGGCGACACUGGCAAGAGUAGAAAAGGCACGGCAGUACAUAGAACUGUCGGUGGAGUACAGGCGCUUGCUGGACUAUCUUCCUCCCUUGCGUCCGGAGUCUAGCACUUCAGGACAAUAUGAGCUGGCCACGCACAGCGUGCCUGGUACGCCAAAUGUGGAGAUCACGCGAAGCCCCACUGCGACAGGCAAUUCCAAGCCGGACUUAGGUCGCACCUACGAUCCUUUGCAGCUGAUCAGAAAUCGCAAGCUGCGCAUGCGAAGUCGGAUCUAUCUGAAUCCAGAUGUCGAGCGGUUUUCAAACAUCGACACCGUCAGGAAAUGGAUUGACGAGGUGGAAGAUGUUUCACAUCGGCCAGACUAUCGUGGCACCGACAAGGUACACCUUCCAUUACUUACGGAUGACAGUAGCUCCAUCAUGGCGGUGGCUGGGCAUCAGAGAACCGACAGCACAAAUCUUCCCAAGCGACAACGGAGCGAUUGGUUCUUCACGCCGGCCGAACAUCUCGCAGAUGCAUACUGGAUGGAGCAGGACUCCAACAAACGUCUCAUUGAGAAUAGGCUUGGCAAUAAGAUCUUCCCCCCGCUGGCGACUGCUGAACUCUCUCAACAAAGAGCAAGCUACGAGAGUCGCCGUAGCCAUCGUAGUUUGAAGGGUUCGAUCGUCACCUCGAAUGGAUCAUUUGAGCGACAAGAAAAUGUGAGCGAGGAAGACAAUGACAGCAUGCGCGGACGCAGGCAGCACACGCGAGGCCACAAACGAGACGAGAGUAGAGGCCGACUGAAGCAGGUUUGGCAGAAGGCAAGACGCAAAUCACGCAGCUCAUCCUCCGGCCUCUCGAGCUCCGACGAGGGGCCAUGUGGUCCACCCAAGCGCAAGCCUAUGCCACGCUUGACAUCUGCAGGUGACAACAUUGGGUCUUUGGAUCUGCAUAUGAAUCAGCUUCUGAAUGCACAAACCCCCGAAAAGACGUCAGAUCUUGUCUCGCCGGACACACCAAACAAAUGGGGUGACGCCGGGACAAAGCCUCAGCUUGCAGAUGUGGAACACAAAUACUCUGAUUCCGAUCACAUCCCACCGGAAAGCGCCGUAAAGGGCGGCGGCCGAAAGGGAGAUGUUCGAACGCCCGAUUCGUUGAGAGGAAGACGUCGCGUGGGCAAUGAAUCACGGUCGUCUUUUGAGGAUCUUUACUCCACUGUUCCAAACUCUCCUGCGCUAAUCGCGGAAGCACCGUCCAUCAGCAUGGAUUUUUCACCAGCAGGCAGUCGUGCUGCGUCACCCCCAAGGAGGUUAGGCAAGCCAUUACUCCCAUUCAUGCGAACCGAACAUCACAAGUCGAGUAAAAAGGGCGCGGGAAGAGACGACGGUCAUCAAAGUUCUAGGCAGACCAGCGCUGAAGUCACCUCAAAUCCCCGUGACAGUCUCGAGGUGCCAACUACUGUGGAUCACCAGAAACUUCUUCGCCACAAAACCAACACUAGUGUGCACGACUUCACGGUCGUCGACGGCAAGGAGCCGAAGGAGCCGAAAGAGCCAAAGGAGCCUCAGUCUGCAGUCCGAAGAUUCUUUAAGGGCGGGAGGAUCGGAGAGAUAGUGAGGAGUGAGAGCACGAAGAUGACGGGCCGUGGUCGCAAGCGUGACAUGCCUCAAGGUGACGGCAAACUCCAUGAGCAAAGUUCCGAAUCGGAGUCCAUGGAUGAAUCAGACACCGAGGAUACAGAGCUGAACUCGAAUAGAGACAGGCCUACUUUGUCACAUCGAUCUACCACGGGCUGGUCAACCAAGUACAACAGUGAUAAGCUUCCAUCCUUCCGCUCCGCAAAAUUAGACGGAAGGGACCGACGUGGCUCUGAUCAUAUAACAAAACAGCAACGCGAACUCCAAAAUAACCGUUCUCCAAGGUUCGAUUCUCUCGCACCUCCAGGGCUCGACCUCACUCGCAUCAGCAGCAGCACAUCGAACUUUGCGGAUAUCAGUCGCGUGAACACAAAGGCCAGCGAGUCCUCGCGCGAGGACCGUCGCAACGCGCAAGCCUUUGCCUCUCACAACCGUAAUCGUUCCCGACUUGGCUCGCGUCUCGAGGCCAUUCUCGACGUGCCAGGCACAGUAGUCAGCGGCAAUCUUCCGGUAACGGGCCUUGCGGAGUACAGCAACGAGAGACCGCCGGCGCGACCAAGCAUGAAGGACAAGCGGCAAUGGAGUAUCAGCGACAAGCCACGCUCACAUUCUCGUGGUCCUCCCGAAGCAACGUUCGACGCAGCGGAGAUCGCCCGUGUCAAGGCGCUGCUCUUGUGCUCCGGUAUCAAGGCCUCGGUGAUUACAGCCCGUGCAGAUCGGCCCCGUCUCCCCCAGCCCGACUUCCUAGUCAAGGCAGCCGAGACGUGCAGCACCGAAGUCACUAUCGUCAAACGCAGUGAGGAGCACGUGCUCGCCGCUAAACUGCUCACCACACACCUAGAAUCCGAGACAAGCGCCCUCCACGAGGACGCGGAGCGCUUCCUGGAGGGACCGGCAAACAGACUAAGGAGGGACCUUGAAGACAUAAAGGAGGCGGUGAAUCAGUGCAUCAAGACGGCGCAGAAUCUGGGAGAUUCGUGCAUAGGCUUUGGCUCUGAGGUCACUGGGCAGAGGACGCUACAAGUUCGACAGGUGGUAGAUCAACUGGAGAAGCUCGCGAGAGCAAGGCGGAGGCGACUAAGAUGGUUGAGACGAUUGGGCUUUGGGCUCGUGGAGUGGGGGGUCGUGCUCUUCAUGUGGUGGAUAUGGCUACUGGUCGUAGUAGUCAAGAUGGUCUGGAGUGUGGUGCGCGCCGUGGGUGUGACCAUCAAGUGGGUUCUCUGGCUAUGA